UUCUUAGAAGUCAUCAAGAAACUAACAAGCCUUUAGGUUUUACGACACACUCUGAAACCAAAAUGCCGCGUUCCGACCGGGCCCGGGAAUAUUCUUGGAAUCCAAGCGAAGAAAACAGCCUGGUCGGGUCGAUUGUUCAAGAAGAAGGCCACAUUUACUCGUUAGCAGCGACAAAUGAUCUUCUGUUCACAGGAUCGGACAAUAAUCACAUUAGGGUUUGGAAGAACCUAACCGAGUUUAGUGAGUUUAAAUCGAACAGCGGUUUGGUGAAAGCGAUAGUGAUAUGUCGUGAGGAGAAUAAUAAGGUGUUCACGGGUCAUCAAGACGGUAAGAUCCGGGUCUGGAAAACCUCGCACAAGAAUCCUCGAGUGUACACACGCGCAGGAAGCUUACCGGCUUUGAAAGACGUGUUGAAGAAGUCAGUGAAGCCGAGUAACUACGUGGAGGCGAGAAGACGUCGUACGGCGCUAUGGAUCAAACACUCCGACGCCGUUUCGUGUUUGAGUCUUGUGGAAGAUCAAGGGCUGUUAUACUCCGCCUCAUGGGAUCGGACGGUCAAGGUUUGGCGCAUUCACGAUUUGAAAUGUUUGGAAUCUAUUAAAGCUCAUGAUGACGCCAUCAACUCCGUCAUAGCCGGUGGUUCCUGCGAGGGUCUUGUAUUCACUGGCUCAGCAGAUGGAACGGUUAAGGUUUGGAAACGGGAGGUUCGUGGGAAGCGUACUGCGCAUAGUCUGGUUCAGACUUUGCUGAAACAAGAAUCUGCUGUUACGGCUUUGGUCACUAGCCACGUGGCGGUUUAUAGUGGUUCCAGCGACGGUGUUGUGAAUUACUGGGAGAUGGGAGAGAAGAAAGUGUUGAAGCAUUGUGGUGUUUUCAAGAAACAUAGGCUUGCUGUGCUCUGUCUCGCGGCAGCCGGAGAAUUGGUGUUUAGUGGUGCGGCGGAUAAGAAGAUAUGCGUGUGGAGGAGGGAAGGGAGAGUCCACACGUGUGUUUCGGUUUUUACCGGUCAUACCGGACCGGUUAAGUGUUUGGCGGUGGCUGAACCAUGGGGAGGAGAUGACGAAGACGGAGGUGAUGGGAGAUUGAUUGUGUAUAGUGGAAGUCUUGACAAGUCGGUCAAAGUUUGGAGGGUGCCAUGUCAUCAUAUGUAGGAGGACUUGGCUUAUUUCUGCGAGAUUUGGGAUGUACGUAAGAUUAAUAAGAACCCGAGCCAAUCAAAUGUUUGAUUGAUUAUAAGGACAACCAUGUCGGAGUCUAUUAUGAUUAUAGUAAUCUAAUAUAUGAUGCAGCCAUGAUAUGUUUGAGUGGUUGAUAUUCAGAUUUAAAUAUACGCU